AAGCGUGUAUCCUAAUUUUUCCGUAAAAAAACAAUGGCCGAGUUUGUGUUCUUCGUGUUGGAACAUUUUUGUUUUGUUUCAUAAGUGAGGUAAAAAAAUUGAGGAAUUCUAUAUGUUUGAAACCCAGAACAAGGUUGAUUAUAUCGUGUGAUGUUUGUGCGUUGUAAAAUUAUCGGACAAUUACGCGGCGAGAACCAUUUCAAGUGAUAGCGAACAAUGGCGUCCGGUGAAGCGCAUAAUCCAAAUUCGUGCAUAAAUGAUCCUAAUUUCACAGCAAUAUGCAUGUUUCUGGAAAGGUUUUCGAAGGAUUGUGGAAUCGAUGAAUUGAAUAUCUCCGCACUUUCAAGGAUGUUGGAAGAUAAUUCGAAUGUUUCUCCAGCUCUGGAAGAUAUGCAUACAAAACUUUUACGUAAAAUAAAAAAAAUGGUUCCAUCAGGAAAAUGGGAAAAUACACUAGCAAAGUUCGCUCAUUCAUACUCCAGCCAAGAUGCAUGGGAGAUAGAACGUUUUGGAUACAAAAAUGCUAGCGUUGUCGUUAAAACGCGCAUAUUGAAGGCUUUGUUAGAGGCACAAUUUGACCGCAACAUGAAAUUCAAAUCCAAUAUCAACACAGUUGCAGCGAAAUCGCUUAGAUCAGAACCUGUUGGAAAAGACAAACUGGGAAAUAUAUAUUGGUGUAUAAUGGAUCGUUACAGCAAUAUCAAAAUAUUUCAAGAAAAUGCAGAUGAAGAAACUUGGCGACUGGUUGCUAGUGAUCGCGAAGAAGUUAAAAAUUUGAUCCACAAACUAAAAAUGAACGAUAUGGAUGCUCUUGUUGUUGCAAAUGUCAUGGAUGAAGAUACAAGUAGUAACAGUGCAUCAGUACAUUCAGAUGAAAAAAAUAAUGUUAAUGUGGAAACCAAAGAGCACGUUAUUGAUAUAAAUGGUACCUCAAACAAGUUUGAAAACAAUCGCAUGUUUAAGCAACACAAUGACUCAUCUGAGGAUGGUGUAUCUGGUUUUCUUACUACACAGACAGAUAAAAAAAUCAUAGAAUUUGAAAAUACAGUCAUGGAUAAAAACGAAAGCUUGGAAGCUACAAAACAGGAAGGCACUGCAACAUCAUCCAAAACUACACAAAAUGAAAAUCAUCAUCCACUCGGUGACGAUAACCAUACGUCUACCCAUGCUAACAACACUGAUAAUUCAUCUGAUAACCCCAUAGUUGGGCCAGCUGUAGUAGAGCCAAUACUCAGAAUAAAUGGUGAAGGAUCGGGAAAGGAAUGUGAAACGGCACCAAUAUUUAGCGAUGUCAUCGAUGAGCCUGUUUUUUAUGUAUACGGAUUAGGGAAUGGAGUAGAAAAUGAAAUGGGUAAUAUAAAAAAAACUAAGGAAUGCAACCCAAGUACUGGGACGGCACCUUCGUCACCAUUUCAAAAACUAGAUAAUAUUGCUAAAGAGACUAUGGAAAAACUAUCACCUUCAAAAUCAACAAACCUUCCAUUAAAAAAAAAGAUAAACAAUGAUUACAGUAAUGAUUUAACCGCAACAGCGCAAAGAUCUGAAAUAGAAGAAAAUGACCUUGCACACAGAAAAAAUCCAAGUAAUAAAGACCAAGGAAGCCCGAAAAGUAUUAAUAUUGAUGCAAAAGUUAAAAUUGAGAAUGCACCCGAAGAAGAAAAUUCAAUGAGCAAAACUGCAACAGAAACUCUGGUACCAAAUUCUUUUGGUAGAAACGCAUCGAAAGAAUUAAACGAUUACCAGGAAAAAAAUCAAUCGAAUCCGUGCAGUGCAACUAAUCUUCAAAUGAACAUGCCCUUGUCGGCAGAAAAAAUAAACAAAACAUCAAUGCCCAACAAUGUUAGUGAGAAUGAAAGUGACAAAUCUGCAUCACAGGAAACUAUUGGAGAAAACGUCAUUUUGAAUGAAUGUAAAACAACCAAGAAGAAAACUAGAGGGAAAAAAACUACAGAUGGCAUUGAUAUUUCGCUGAUAAUUAAUGAUAACCUAGAAAGCGGACCACCAAUCAGACAGUCAAGAAGAAUUGCGCAGCAAAAGAUUAAAGAAGAAACUAAUCGACGUCUCAUAGAAGAAAAAAUGCUUCGAGAAAUGAAAGCUGAGGCUUUAAAAAAGAAAAAAAAGUGUGAAACUCUCGCCUCUGACGACGAAGAUUAUGUAGCAUCUGCAGUAUCGGAAGAAGAAGACGAAGAAAAUUCUAAAAGCAAUGAAUCUAAAGCAAAAAAAAAGAAAAGUGAUAAACCAUGGAUGACAUCAUCAUCGGAAAGUAGCAGUGAGUCAGAGCCUGAGGAAUAUGAUAUAGAACCAGAACAUUCUGAUGGGGGACGUCAACCUGCUAAAUCUGAUCAUGAAUUUUCACCGGAAUCAGAUUUAGAAGAUGAUAGCUUUGUACCAACGCGCAGAGCUAGAACAGUUCGAGCCGAAAGGUAUGAUGACAGCGAUGAUCAUAUUGUUGAUUCGAAUGAAGAACAUGCUUGCCAAAAAUGUGGUCAAAAUGAUCAUCCUGAGUGGAUUUUAUUAUGCGAUUCAUGUGACAAAGGAUAUCAUUGUUCUUGUUUGGUUCCUGUUUUAUUCGUGAUUCCUGAAGGAGACUGGUUUUGCCCUAUUUGCCAACAUGAUAAAUUGAUAAGAAACCUUCAUCAAAAGUUACAGCAAUAUGAUGAAUGGUAUAAAAUAUAUGAAAUUCAAGAAUCUGAGAGAAUAUUACGGGAAAAGCAGAUAGAAGAAGACAAAAAGAUUUUAGAUGCACAAUUCAAAAAACAGAUCAAAGUAUCUGAUAGAAUAUAUAAAGAUAGUGAUAUUAAUAUCGAUCAAUCAAAAGGCGAAUCGGAUGACAGUUCAUCGUCUUCCGAAAGCAAUAGUCGAAAAUCUAGCGGGUCAGAUGAAGAUGAUAUUCCCAUUUACAAAUUACGGCGCCGGAACCAAAUCACAACGAGUUACCGUUUUAAUGAGUAUGAUGAUCUGAUCAAUUCAGCAAUCACUCGUCUAUCACCUGAAAAUGAAAGCGAUGAUGGUUUUGUAGGAGGAAAAGACAUAAGAAAUAUUAUUGCGGCUGAAAAACGGCAUCAAGUGCUAAAAUCAGGCAGUGCAUCACCAGUUGUCGAACUUCAUGUCAGUCGCAAAAAUAAGAAAAAGAAAAAAAAAUUAAAUAAUUUAGACGCGUUAUCGGAUGAAGAUGACGGAUCGGAUGAGGAUUUCAAGGAAUCAUCCAGCGACGAAGAAGAUGAAAGCUAUUCCGCAUCUGAAGUAAGCGAAAGUUCUUUAGAGCUGGGUUAUUCUAGAAAACAACGAGCAGCUGCUAAGCGUAAACUCGAUAAAAGAUUUAUCAACGACGAUGAAGAUGAAAGUGAUGAAAGCACAUAUAAUAUAAGAAAACGAAUUUCAAAAAACAAAACAAAAAUAGAAGAUUCAGAAGAGUUUGAUGAAGACGAUGACUUAACUGAAAGUGAAGAAAUAGAUAGCGCUGAUUUAUGUAGCGAUACAGAAACUGAUAGCAGUGAGAACAGUAAUAGGAGAAAGAAAACUUCGAAAUCCACAAAAAAUGUCUUAUUUAAAAAUGCAUUGAACAUUAAAAAAAGGAAAAAAGUGAAAAGGGUUGAGGAUAAAUCUUAUAAAAUGGGUUCCAAAAAGCCCAUUGUAAAUUUGAAGUCAGAUACAGAUUCAUCGGAUGAUGAUAAUGUUUUAAGCAGUAUUGGAAAACGCAAAACUAGGGGUAAAAAGCUGCAUUAUAUAUUGGAUGAUGAAUUCGAAAGCUCCGAUGACGGAAUAAGACCUGGUGUUCACCGACCGGACACUCCACCCGAAGAACGUGAACAGUUUAUUAAAAAACAAGAGGAAAUCAAAAGAAUGUUAGCUGAAAAGAACGCUGCCGCAGCUAAAGAAUUGGCAACACCUAAACACAGCUUAGUGAGGGAUUUAACCGACAAAAGCAACACGUCACUUUUCAAUAUUCCACCACAAGUUAUUGAAAGCGCGAAAGUUUUAGACAUAGAUUUCUUGAAAAGUUCAAGAAGUUUAGAAUUAGAUGAAAAUGAAGAAGACUUGGAUGUCAACUUUCCGGACCCAGAUGAUGUAAAUGAAGAAGAGCUGGCAAAAAUUAUGGAAGAUGAGGAUUUCGCACAACAUCAACUUAAGUUAGAUGACGAAGACUUAAUACGAAGCAAAAGUAUUGUUGAGAAUUCACCUCGCAAGAAAGGGCGGGAUUUUGAAAGUAUUGAUCCCACGGAAAUAACAAAAUCUGUUCGUAACAUGGCUCCUUCAAAAGAUGCACCUAAAUGUCUAAUACCAAUUUCUGAAGCUGCUCCAAUUCUCAACAGCGAACGAGUACUGCAUAGUUUCAAUAAUAUAAUUCCUCAAGAAACCGAUUCAUCAAGCCUUUUACAACAGAUGAAACAGCAAGCGAUACCGUUAAAUGAGUCGUUAGAUUCUCCCCCUGUACUGAACAGUGAUCGAAUAUUUGCAUCAUCUUCAGUUAUUAACUAUUCACUGAACAAAACAGUUAAUACUCAAGUUGCUGCAUUACCUGUACUUGAAUCAAAGGAAAUCGUUGAUGUCAGAAGAAGGCGACGAAAAAAAAUUACACCGUUACGAAACGAUUUGUAUCGGGGAAUACUAAAUGGACCACCAUUAAAUCAACCAAAGCCUAUCAUGUACCAUAAUCCACUAGUGGCAACGAAUUCUUCAAACCCCGUUACAUCUGAUGAUUCAUCACUACCCUUUUCGGCAUCCAAACCUAAUGAGUCCACAGUUUAUGCGACCAAUCCUGAAAAACAUGCUCAUUUGGAACAUGCUCGAUUCAGUACUCCAAAUACUUAUUCUCUUCCGAAUUAUUCACAAAACUAUUGCCAUACCGUUAAUACAGAAAUUGAUAAAACACAAUCAAUAGUACUGGAAGGGUCACAACCGAGGCAAUCGUCACCAAAAACUUUUACAACAUUGGAAACUGUUCGCCACGACACACCGCGCCCAGAAAAUACAGUAGAUAGCAUACAGACUGAUCGAGAAGAAACAGAAUGUACCAGUGAGUUCAGCGGCUUAGUAAGUUAUUUCAGUUCUCAACAAAAUGAAUUGAAUGCUUAAUAUAAAACUUAUUUUAUUGAAUAAAAACGUAAAUUGUU